AUGUCAAGAUUGUCUUGGGGAGCCACUCUAUUGCACGGGAUGUUGCAGGAGUCAACAUCGUCGCAAUCCUUUCCACUGGAUCAGUCAAUGGAAUGGUGGGAUUUGUUCGAAGGAGAUGAACCCAAGGACCAGCUUGAGCCUGAAGAUCUACCAUCCGUGUCGGGACCAGAGUUCCAGCCUAAGGAAAACACCAUGGUCAUUGUCGACAAGUCUGGAGUUCAUCGCCUCGAGGUUCGAUGCUGUGAUUGUCCAAAUGCCAUGAGUCUGGACAUUCAAAUGUUUCGACAUGGAUUUUCCCUGCAUCCAUUCAACAAACCGAAGACUGUGUUCACCUUCAGAGUGCUCGACAAUUUUGUAUUGGACAACCUAGAAUGCGGCACCUCCCCAAUGAACUAUUACAGCAAGCUCUGGCGAAUGACCUCCAGCAUGUUUCCUCACCUUGUUCCGUUGAAGACCAUGAAAUGGCAUGGCUUUGGUCAUCGUUCCAACACCCCGAAUGCUGGAGAUCUCGCAUUGUUUUGCCCGACAUGUCCUCAGCCUGGGAUCAACAUAUCCUUGUCAGGGAAUGAAACACUUGAUGACUGGAAAUAUACCCGGUCAUUUAUGAUGGACGGUAAUUUCAAAGCCAAACACUUGCAUCCCAUCAAGCCAUUUGAUGAAGUAUGGCUUGCAGAUGGGCUAGGGUUCAUGGUGGGAAAGGACAGGUAUAAAGCGCAUCAUGCGGAGGCUGCUGACACUUUGGAAAAAUCUAGCUGCAACAAUCACUGGGUGGUAAAUCAAGCAAAUGCGGCUCGGCACAAGCUGAAGUCGACGGGUAUCGGGGGAGUUGCUUGUGCCUGCCACGGCUGCUUUGUGCCUCAUGCAAUGGUCAAUUUCCAGAAAGGCAAAAGACAAAUGAACAUGGAUUACGCCCUUUGCAAGGCUGCCCAGCACAACAUGGAAGGCAUUACCAGGGCUGUCACCUUUUAUGACAUCAACUGUCAAUACAACAAGCACCUUUGGGUUCGGGUGGAUCAAAGCCGAUUUCUUGAAAUGGUACCAGAAUUGACCAUCAUUCCUGGCAUCGGUUUGUGGCACAUGCAUGGAUAUCAAGACAGCUGCUAUAUAGAUGGAGAGAUCAUAGAGACUCUCUGGGCACAUCUGAACCUAAUUUCCCCCACUGCUUGGGGAAUGUUGUCCCCUCAUCGACAGGAAUGUCUCGAUUUUCAGAUGAACAAUUCCAACUUCUGCAAGAUGAUCCGCAUGAAAAGGACCCUUUGCCGUAAAUACAAGCAGGCAAAAAGUUGCAUUGCCGAAAGUGAAAAGGCUUUCGACAGACUCGAUGAAGCAGCACCUGCCAAUUUGAAGACAGAAUGGUUGGCCAACGAGAUGAUCGCUCAAUCCAGCAGAAUAAAUGAUCCUGCGGCGAUGGAUGUUUACGAGAUAAAUAUCAAGAAGGCACCGAGCAAAAAGGAGAUCGAACUUAGACUGCUAGAGCAGGGUAAUGCCCGUAAUGCAGCACCAUCUCGGAGAUCUGUGGCGACAUGGAUAUCUAUGGGGUUGGCAAUCGAGGAGGCUCAAAUUGCAUUGCUCGUUGAGAGAUUAGACCUCACCCGGCAACAAGAUCGUCUCCAAGGCCAGAUAGAUGGAUUCACGCGUUCUGCUGUCACGCAUCUCGGAGAGGGAUUCGAUGGAGAUGAUAAUCAUGACGACUUGAACGUAGACAUCCUAGAUGAUCUCGAUGAUGACCUGGAAGAUUUUACCGAGACAUCUGAUACAUGGAUGAACUUGCCCAAGCUCAUUGUGAUCCCAUUGCCAUCAAACCUCGGGAUGUCCCUUCGCAAAGGGCAGGCAAAUGAUGCACUUCACAAUCUCCACAUUCACUUGUGCAACAAGGCAGUCCUAUUCCGAACGACGGUCAGGCAAGCCAAAUCUCAAGCCCUGAAAACUCGAGCCUGGUCGCAGGUGAUGUCAGUGCAGCAGGCUGUCUCCCUGCAUGUGAGUAUAUAUACCAAGACCAGGACGCAAAUGAUGAAACUUGACACGGGGCAUGGCCAACUUCAGAAGUACAAACCCCUGCUUCGUGAGCAGCUCAAAGUCAACACUGCCGUGGGUGAUCCGAAUGCCCGUGGUCAACAAAAUGAAUCCCUGGUUCUGGUCCAUCGAGUUUACCGAGUUCACUGGCUCCGGGCAAAGGCACUACGGGAUCGAUGGAAGGAAGAGCUGAUGUUGGUCCAAUUCGAGAUGGAUUGGACAUGUAACUUUUUCUUGUGGAAAGCAACCCAAUGGGGCGACCGGAUGCAGGAAUCAUUCACGAAACGACUUCCGGGUCAUGCAUGCUACUCCGGAAGGCAAUCCCGAAUGUAUUCAUUGCUGGCGCAGGAUGCCCAGGCAGCAUUUCAACACCUGCAGACCAUUUUGAUAGAUUCCCGAGAUGAAUGA